AUGACUCAUGACAAUGUUCAUUUACAAAAUCCGGUGACAAAUCAACCUGGUUUUCCUACUGCACCGCCAGCUUCAGGUUGUUGUUCUCGAUGUUGGCAAGCGAUAUUUAAUUGUUCCAAAUCAACUCCGCCACCUGUUCAAAGAGAAAUGAGAGACUUGGAUUCACAGCUAGAGGGAAUAGACCCCCCGGUUCAAUAUCCACCCGUGGGUUCUGGAUUCCCCGCCCAGUUGGACGAAAAUCUGGAUGACGGCUAUGAAAAUUCCCCAAGCGAGGCAGCGGAGGAUGUGUUUAUUAAAGGACUUUCCAAAAACGACUCUUAG